GAGAAAGAGGGGAGGGAGGAGGAGAGAGGGCUGAUAAUAAAACUGCACUGUGAGCCCUCCUGUAAACCCACUCAGAGACAGGACACAGGACCAGCAUCAAGUCCACUCUUCUGGGCCAAUUCAGUUAAAAAGAAUUUGCCUAAAAAAACAACUUGAGAAUUUAUAUCAACUUUUACUUUUACUUCAAGGACUCACUGUGAAGAAGCCCCGGCAAAGAUCCAAUCUGGCUCUCAUCCAUGUUUUCAGGGACAAUCCGACAGACUUGAUUUGAAACUUUUCCAAAACAAAACUUCACUGGAUGGUUAAGUUGCGUUCAAGGACUACGUAACUUUUUGGGGGUAUUUUGAUUUUUCACCUUUUAGCAUCAGGAGAUAAAGUGAAAGAGAAUCCGUCUGUACUAUCACCGUAGCCAUCCUGAUUUGGGACGACCCCCUCCUCUACGCUCCCACCCCACACCCCCACAGAGCAGAGAGCGUGAAAAAUCUCACUAAUGGGUUUAUUUUCUGUCAGAUCUUCACCGAUGUGCCAGUCCAUUGGAGCAUUCCCCCGGACUCAUUUCAUAGUUGAGUAAGUCGUGAAGUGGUGGUCAACUCUAGCUGGGGUUUUCUCACCAAAACAAGCAGAUAAAGUUGUCAUACAAGUUCUUGGACCUUCUGUUCUCCUUCCAAUCCUGCUAAUUGUUUCCAAGUUUCCAAGUCCUAGUUUCAUUGACAAUAUGCGGUGUGGAGUAGGGCCUUGGGCGAUUACAGCUGCAUUGUUUUGGACUUUGAUUUUGAAUGGAGUUGAGGCCAAAAAGGAGAGAAAGAAGUUAAAAGACGGAGCUCCUCAGCACACAGAGAACUUCAACGCAACGGUGUCCAACAGUGAGGAGGUCGGAGGAGCUGUCAAGGUGUCUGAGCAGCAGAGAGUGGACCCUCUGGGGUCGUGGAUGGACUUUGUGAAGAGGCCCGUCGGAAACUUUCCUGGAAAAUGCCGCAAAAGGAAAAGGCCUCUGCCAGGUCCCCCUGGUCCACCCGGUCCCCCAGGACCACAGGGCCCUCCCGGAGUUCCAGGUGCAGAGGUCACUCAGGAGGUGCUACUGCAGGAGUUUAAAGAGAUGAUUAAAGAGGCGUCUGAGAGGAGAGCCUUGACCCUGGAAAGAGCUGGUCCCAGUCAGCUGCCUGUUCCUCUGCUCCCCCUAGAGGCCAUGACGUCAUACCGCCGCAUAGAGGAGGCCUUCCACUGCAAACUCAAAGGGCCUGUGCUGGUGGAUAAGAAGACACUGGUGGAGCUUCAGAACUUUCAGACACCACCAGCCAAAGGAGCCUUCUUGAGAGGAUCUGGUAUGGACCAAGCUACAGGGAGAUUCACAGCCCCCAUCACUGGAAUCUACCAGUUUUCUGCAAACGUCCACAUUGAUCAUAAUGAAGUGAAGAGGAGCAAGAGUCAGUUGAAGGCCCGGGAUAAUGUUCGAGUCCUGAUCUGCAUCGACUCCCUCUGCCACAGAUACACCUCUCUUGAAAUGAUCGUGGGAUUAGAAAGCAACAGCAAGAUAUUCACCGUGAGUGUCCAAGGGCUGCUGGAGCUACAGGCUGGACAGUACACCUCCAUAUUUGUGGACAACGCGGCUGGCGCCUCCAUUACGAUACAGAACGGCUCCGACUUCAUGGGCAUGCUGCUCGGGGUAUAGCCAAUGCUCCAAACCGUGGGACAAUCUGGAUUUUAAAUAAUUUGCCAACGGACUUCUUCUGAGCAUCCCCAUAUCCUCAACAAACAAGGCAGGACAUUUGAGUUACAUUGAACAUUGAGAAGACUUUUUGAAUUGUGAAAAAGACAUUACUUUUGGACAUUUUCUUGGACACUUACAUGAGGUACAUAUGUUUUGGUGUACUAUUAUAAUGCUGUUUUAGGCCUGGGAGUUCUGCACAUGUCCAUAUUUUGAAGUUUUCUGCAAAUAUCGAGACUGAAAAAACACAGCGUUGGGUGUUGAAUGUUUGAAGCUAUAGUUGCAGUACACUGGACCAUGAAAAUGCUCAUAAAAGGCCGAUCAAUGUCUUAAGGAGAUGAAUGUCCCACACUUAAACAUAUUCUACAAAACCAUGUGUUAUUGUCCAUUAUAUGUUCAUUUGAAUGUAUAUUUCCAGACAUACAGAGAGGUAUGUAAGCUGCAUCGUAAGUGUUAUUCAGUAUUUAUGUUGAGAUGUAAAAUAUAUAAUUCCUGUUGAUUUACACUCUAUGAAUGUUUAAACCACAGACAAAAUAAAAAUAUAUUUAGUCAU